AUUUAAUCAGUUAUAAUUCAAGCGUUGUUGCGACACGGUGUAGCGAGUCGAUACUCUUCGUAACGAGAAAUACUAUGCAAUAAAAAUAAGAGAAGCGAAACAAAAAAAAAAAAAACAUAUGAUGUGGACUACUUCAUCGAAAAAAGACGAAAUUCCCAACUACCCACCACAGUCUGCUGUACCAACAUUUCCUGCACUGACACGGGCUGAAGAACCGGAAGGAUGGUGCAGAAGAAAUCACAAGAAUAAACCGCAAUCGAACUCGUCUGGAGCAGCGGCUUUAAUAUUCACCUCUGGUGGUAUGUUCUUGGGUGAUCCAGGCCCAAGAGCUUACUUUACCAACAAACACUUGCCAAUGAGUUGGUUCAUUGGAGCAAUAGUUGGUGUUAUUUUGGGCGCCAUUAUUUGUAACCGAAUACCAAAGAAACUAAUAACGUGUUUCGCUUCAUUGUUGGUAACCGUCUCGGGCAUACUGUUGGUGGCAGAUCCACGCUCAUUGAAUGCCCUGUUGGCAGCACGUUACAUCAAUGGCUGUGCCUUGGGUCUGGUAUUUCCCCUGACAUUUGUUCUGGUGGGCGAACAAUGUGUGAAAAGUUUGCGUGGCAUGAAUGCCGCCGCCGUCGGUUCGAUGUGCCUUCAGUUGGGUGUAUUUCUGCAGAUCAUCUAUUCGUAUAUUUGGCCACAGGAUGCCUCAUUCGAUGGCGCCCAAAUGAUGGGUAUUCUUUCGAUUUUCUGGGGAUUCUUAAGUUUUUUCAUGGCCUUUUUCCUUCAAUUGGAAUCGCCGAUUUUCUAUUUAGCACGUGGUCAGGAAGAGAUGGCAAUCGACAUAUUAAGACGGCUACAGCGACCAUUUACAGUCACCCACGAGACCUAUGAACAGCUAAUGGAACACAAACAUUAUUUGGCCGAAAGUAGGGAAAAGACACUGUUGCAAAGCGCCAUUAUCGGAUUUCCUGCACUUCUGAAGUUAUCAUUUUAUCGUGUAUUUUCGGCUGCUAGUUCUUGCUUCUAUACCUACUUUGCAUUUUCCUAUGCCGUAUCGAUUGCCUUUAAAUACGACGCCACAUGGGCCUAUAAUGUAUAUGGUUUCUUGGCAUGGAUCGGAACCAUGAUCGUUACCUUUACAAUCGACUCAAAGGGUCGUAAAACUCCAAUGAUUUUUGGAUUCUUUUGUUGUUCCUGCCUAUGCUUCAGCCUUGCUGGUGUCCUUAAUGACGAAUUUAGUGUAAGAGACAGCGGCACAAUGACAGUUGUGAUGUUCCUAAUGAUGGCGUAUCAAUUAUUUGCCGGCAUUUCGACAGCAUCAUCUUCGGUUUAUCUAACGGAGGCAUUUCCAUUGGCCGUAAAACCCUAUUAUGUGGCCAUUACCUUCAUUGCGGAGAUGUCUAUUCACAUCUUAGUCAUAGCCGUACAUUCUGAGCCUUGGAGUUACAAUGUUUACGAUUUGCCGCCAUACUUCUACACUUUGGGUGGGCUGUCAGUGGUGUUUUUUGUCGUGGCCAUAGCCGCAUUGCCGGAAACAAAGAAAAACACCUUGCGUGAAUGUUUGGCAAAGUUUCGAAAACUUGUCAAUUGUCAAUAUUAACUUAUCCCCAAAUACUGCAUUUUUAAUUAAUCUCUUAAGUGUAAAUACAUAAAUACGUAUAAAUAAAUAUAUAGCAGCAUUUUUUGGCAUUAUAAAGAUUAAUGUAUAUAAGGGGUCUCUUACCUGUUAAUCCUUUAUUAUUUAACCGCAUUACGCUCGAGGAAAUUUUUUAAUUUUUAUAUUUAUUUGAACAUGAAUGUUUCGCAAUUUCAAUGAAAAUAAAUUACUAAUCAAAGUUAUAUAAAUCAGAAAAA